AUGGAGAAGGAGCGGGAGACACUGCAGGCCUGGCGGGAGCGCAUGUGGUAGGAGCUGGACCGCCUGGUGGCUUUCUGGAUGGAGCACUCCCACGAUCAGGAACAUGGGGGCUUCUUUACCUGCCUGGGCCAGGACGGACAGGUGUACGACGACCUCAAAUAUGUCUGGCUGCAGGGGAGGCAGGUGUGGAUGUACUGUCACCUGUACCGCAAGGUCGAGUGCUUCCACCACCCUGAGCUUCUGGACGCAGCCAAAGCAGGUGGUGAGUUCUUGCUGUGUUACGCUCGGGUGGCGCCUCCUGAGAAAAAGUGCGCCUUUGUGCUGAUGUGGGACGGCCACCCGGUCAGGGUGCAGUGGACCAUCUUCAGCAAGUGUUUCUACACCAUGGCCAUGGACGAGCUGGGCAGGGUCACCAGGGACACAUGCUACCAGGGUGAAGUGGUGGAGAUGAUGAAUCAGAUCGUCUGCUGGGUGUGGGAGGACCCGUUGGGGCUGGGCCGGCCACGGCUCCCCUGGGCCCCUGACACGGAGCCCAUGGCGGUGCCCAUGAUGCUGCUGGCCCUGGUGGAGCAGCUCGGGGAGGCGCGUGAGGAGCUGGCGCAAUACAUGGAGCUGGGGGACUGGUGCGCCCAGAGGAUCCUGCUGCACGUCCAGAGGGGUGGGCAGGCUGUGCUCGAGAACGUGUUGGAGGAUGGCAAGGAACUUUCCGGAUGCCUGGGAAGACACCAGAACCCAGGCCACACGCUGGAAGCCGGCUGGUUCCUGCUCCAUCACGCCAUCCAGAAAGGUGACCCUGAACUUCAAGCCCAUGUCAUCGACAAGUUCUUACUGCUGUCUUUCCGCUCCGGCUAGGACCCCGAGCACGGGGGCCUCUUCUACUUCCAGGACAUCGACAAGCUCUGCCCCACGCAGAUGGGGUGGGCCAUGAAGCUUUGGUGGCUCCACAGCGAGGCCAUGAUUGCCUUCCUCAUGGGCUACAGCGAAAGCAGGGAUCCUGCCUUGCUGCACCUCUUCUACGAGAUGGCCGAGUACACCUUCUGCCAGUUCCGCGAUCCCGAGCACGGCGAGUGGUUUGGCUACCUGACCCGCGAGGGGACGGUCGCCCUCACCAUCAAGGGGGGUCCUUUUAAAGGCUGCUUCCACGUGCCGCGCUGCCUGGCCAUGUGCGAGGAGCUGCUGGACGUCCUGCUGAGCCGCCUCGCCCCGGCUCCCGGGCCCCACGACCCGCCCACCCGUCCGGUGGCGGAAUAAAGCUGAGUCUCUUCUA